AUGGUCUUGAAGAUUGGCAUCGAACAGAUUCCUAGAAAGCUAUGGGAAUGGGUUGAAUGGGACGAAAACUGGAUUUCCGCGAAUCACAUCAACAAUGGAGAGCCUGACCAAACACACAAGAUUCCGAAGAGCAAGAAAAAUUUCAACUACGGUUUCAACGACUUCGUAAUGGUAGAGUGCACCCCAGAGCUGGCUUAUCAAGUUACUGGAGUGUGGUCUCGCAACGCCGAAUUGCCGCCUAAGCACCCUCGAGCCUGGAUGCGCAGGUCAGAUAAUGAAAAUAAUGGGACAGAGGGCUUUUGGAAACACAGAUCUGGCUAUACGACCAUGGCGUAUGGUUGGGGCAAGCAUUCCGACGUACUCGACAGUACCUGCACAACCAAUCAGUACUGCGAUAUCGAGGGCCCUGAGCCAGAUUACAUGCACGAUGAAGCAUUUGUCAAACUGAUUCCACUCCUCAUACCCGGUGGGCUAGCCAAGAAUGAUACCUUUUGGAUCGAUCUGAACAAAGGUGUCCGAGCACUCUAUUUCCCCGCUCGCUACCAAUAUAGCGACGACUACCCAGAAGAUGCGGCGUAUGCCAAGAUCAGUUUUGUGGAAAACUCGGCACGCAAUCUCAUCGACGCCGAACCACUCAUUUUCGGAAACACGCUGUCUAAAGCAUGGUUUGAUACGGCAAUUGAUUUGGUCGACAUCAACCGGAAGACCGCUGAGACGAUUGCGCUCGACAAGAAGCAUCAUGUUGGCGCCUACAGCUUCGAUAGCACGAUCAUAAUCAAUGUUCCAGCAUUUAUAGAAGCCAGCUAUUGGGUCUCGAUCAAUGACUCAUCAAGAGCGAAACCUCACGACGCAAUUUACCUGGCCAAGAGCGCGAGCAUAAAGGCAACACGUCUUCCGGAGAGUGACAGCUGGGACAAAUGGCGUUUGCCGCCGGAGUACUACCAAUGGCGCCUGCAUACAAUGCCACUCAUGCACUCAUAUUCCGGAGACAUUGGACGACAAGACCAAUUGAAUUUGCAGGAAGCAGCGACAUCGAAAGUGUCUGGGGAGAUGGAUCUUUUCUUGAAUAUCAUCUUGUUUGCGGCAUCUUUGGUUCCCUACGUGGGACCUCUAGUUUCAACUUUAGGCGGCCAAGUGCUUGAGAACAUGAAGGAUCUGAGGACGGACAGUAGUGACGAAGAAGCAAGUGCAGCGGGUAUUAGUGCCGGGGUCUGGAACAGUCUCCCUGGUGAAGCGAAGGAAAAAGUAGUACAGAAGUUGGCUAAGACUGCGACAACCAUGCUUAAGACUUUACAUAGAUAA